GCACAAGUGAGAGACUUGAAAGACCUGAGAUUUGCUUAAAAGCGUUCAGAAGAAUCAAACAUCUCAUUGUUACUAGGACCGGACCUGGAAUUAUACAGAAUGCAAUUUGUACAUAAAACCUGCACGAGUUAUUAUUAAGCAUUUUCGAAAUAUGAGUCUUGCAACUGAGGUACAUAUGUAAACGUGACGUUGCGCAGGUAACCGGGUUUCUACCUUUUAUGGUGAAGGGUGUGCCCUCGAGUUUCGAUAAGGAAGAAAAUCUGAGGCUCAUCAACAAAAGGCUUUACGCAACACCUAGUCGGACAUUUGAAGGUAGCUUCGGUGGAGUAUACAACUAUGUUUGCCAUGGAUUCAACACGUAAAUUUAAAUUAAUUAUUUUCCUGCUGUCUGUGCAAAUUAUAAGUGCGCAAGUACCGGGUAAAGGACGAGGAUUUAUAGGAGUGAAGGAUAAAAAAUCAGACAGCGUUGAAGUGGACAAGGUGACCGCUGAAACCCUUCAGGGCAGGCUGACCACUGUCUUCCUCCCUAUUAUCUACAUCAUCGUGGUUGCUAUCAGUUUACCCCUCAACGGCAUGGCCAUUUGGGUCUUCCUUUUCCGAACCAAGAAGAAGCACCCAGCAGCCAUCUACAUGGCCAACCUUGCCCUCUCGGAUCUGCUCUUUGUCAUAUGGAUUCCACUAAAGAUAGCCUACCAUUUCAAUGGGAAUGAUUGGAUUUUUGGAGAAGCGCUCUGCAAGGUGUUGGUGGGAUUUUUCUAUGCUAACAUGUACUGUUCCAUCCUCUUUAUCGCCUGCUUGAGUGUUCAGAGAUACUGGGCCAUCGCCCACCCCUUGUCCCAUCAGAGGAAGAACAAUAAGAUUGCCACAGGCAUUUCCAUCGCCAUCUGGGUCUUCAUCUGGCUGACCACCAUCCCUUUGUACCUCUAUGAACAGACGGCAAAGAUUAAGGACCUGGGCAUCACUACCUGCCAUGACGUCAACAUCAUCACCGAUCUCGAAAACCCCUUUUCCGAUGUGAAGUACCCUUUCUUCUACUUCACCUUCAUGUGGGUGUUCGUGUUCCUCAUCCCCACUGUGGUGAUCAUCGUGGCCUACGUCUGCCUCCUCCGGACACUGGGGGACUCCAUGAUGGACGAAAGCACCACCAAGAACCGCCGCAAGGCCGUCCUCCUGAUCAUCACGGUUCUGGUGACCUUCCUGGUCUGCUUUGUCCCCAGCAACAUCAUGCUGCUGAUCCACUACUCCCUGCUGAAGAACGGGGUGAUGAACAACGGCUACGCCUUUUACAUCGUCACGCUCUGCCUGGCCAGCCUCAACAGCUGCCUGGACCCCCUCAUCUAUUACUAUGUGUCCGAGGACUUCAGAGACAACGUGAAAAACACCCUGCUGUGCAGGAGUAGCAGGACUGUCGAGAGGAUGAGGGUCUCCUUCAGCUCCAUGAAGUACUCCAAGAAGAGCGACGUCUACACGUCGUCCAGCGGUACCACCCAGACCAGCACCUGCUGAUAGUAGGGACGGGAACCUGAGACUCAGGGAGUUCAGUUUAAGCCCACAGAGACACUGACACGCAGAAUCAGGGAGGCCAUGUAGGUUGUUUCUUGUCUGGUGGAAACGUGUGUAUGGAAGGAUAUUUUAAACUCAGCACGAACACCGCAGAGGGAAAAAUGAAAAAACAACAUAAAAUGGUGGCUACCUGUAUGGUCUGUUUUUCAGGUUUGUUUUGACUGAUAAAUGUGACAGUGGGUGGAAAAACCAGUGUCGUAAUGCUGUUAUUUUACACACCUUCAGAACUGUGGUUUGUUUUACUUGGAAUUUUAGUUCAAUUCCAGUUAAAGCCUGCCACUCUCAGAACUUUCCAGCUUGUUGCUUUUAGCUAUAGCCAAGUUUCAAGCUGUUACAAUGCACCUAAAUUACAUCAUUUGACACCUGGUAUUCUCUGUCCUGAAGAAAUUAACAUUGAUAUAAUGUACACUUGACUUUUAAUUUGUUUUCAUUUGUUUGUAUUUUAUAAUUCUAUAUUUUGUGUAUACAAUGUCAGUAUUUUAAUUAUGUUUUUAACAUUAUUCAAAGUUUAGAAUCUGUUUAACAUUUGAAUGAUUAUCAAGCUAAAAAUAUAGUAUUUUUCAAUAAAAUGAUCUGUGAUACAAA